UUUUUCGUGACAGAAUACCGCCCACUGCAGCUGACCAAUAGGCUGCCUAGAGGGGCGGGGCUUCAGCUGUCAUAGACGCGUUUCUGCGGAAGUAGGAAGUAAACAGAGCAGAGCGCGGAGGCUCCAGCGGUUGUUGAUCCGGUGAUAUGUUGGAAGGAUACGGUCCUGUGACCCAGGCCCUGCUGGGUACUCUGUUCACUUGGGGUCUGACUGCUGCUGGAGCCGCCCUCAUCUUCGUUUUCUCCAGCCAACAGAAGAGAGUCUUGGAUGGAAGUUUGGGCUUUGCGGCUGGGGUGAUGGUUGCUGCUUCCUAUUGGUCAUUGCUGGCACCGGCGAUCGAGAUGGCGACGGAUUCUGGGAAGUAUGGCUCCUUUGCGUUUGUGCCUGUGGCUGUGGGAUUCGUUCUUGGAGCAGCCUUUGUGUAUUUCGCCGACUUGGUGAUGACUUUGCUGGGUGUGGGUGCCUUGGUCCUACCAUCUUACCCCAAACUGGCCAAAGAGAAAGCGGAGAUUCCCUGGCUCGUGGACUCUGGGGAGAUGAACAUCAGGAUAGGUAGAGCCGGGACCUUCUCAGAUAAGAUAGAGAAUGGAGAAGUCUACCAGAGGAGAAGAGCGCCUCCUUCAGGCUCUGCAGAAAGUCAGGAAUCAGCGAUUAGACCUCAUGAAGCUAUGGAGCAGAAAAGGAGCAGCUGGAGGCGAAUCCUCCUCCUCAUCCUCGCCAUCACCGUCCACAACAUCCCAGAGGGACUGGCUGUCGGCGUCGGAUUUGGUGCCGUUGGAAAAACAUCAUCUGCCACUUUUGAGAGUGCGAGGAAUCUGGCCGUUGGCAUUGGUAUCCAGAAUUUCCCAGAAGGCUUAGCAGUGAGUCUGCCUCUCCGGGGCUCAGGGCUGUCGACGUGGACCGCGUUCUGGUACGGCCAGCUCAGCGGGAUGGUGGAACCUGUUGCAGGGUUGCUCGGUGCCAUCGCUGUGGUUUUGGCAGAACCUCUGCUGCCAUACGCGUUGGCAUUUGCCGCCGGGGCAAUGAUCUACGUGGUGGUGGAUGACAUCAUACCUGAGGCUCAAGUCAGUGGAAAUGGCAAACUGGCAUCCUGGACCGCCAUCCUGGGCUUUGUUGUGAUGAUGUCACUGGACGUUGGGCUGGGCUGAGCGCACCGUGACAACUGUCGCCAUGUCAACAGAUGUGAUGCCACGAUGUCAACCUCAAUAAAAAAAAAAAAAGGGACCAAAUGAAGUUUUCCUCCUGAACUCUAAACCGUUGCUACUUGAAACGGUUUUGUAAGACAAGUCGACUUUUUUUUUUUGUUUUACUUGAACAGAACGGCCACAGUGUGUUUGCAUUUCAGGACGGUGUGUUUGAGCUGCUGUCACUGUUUUCAGCAGCAGGUAUCUUAUUUUGAAGUGCUAAUUCUCACUUCCUGUCUUCAUAAUGAAGCUCUGGAAUGUUUUUGAUUCUUCUGUGGAAAAAAAUGUGGAAUUGUUAAAAUUAAAUCAUGGUUGUUCA